UGGGUUAAUUCAUUUUUUCUUUUCGAUAGGGUUAAGUUAAUUAGACGAAAUGGACCUGCGUGGAUUUUGGGCCCAGUUCAGCCUAUGGGCCCAGUCAGCGGUGCCGUCCGGUUGUAUGCGCAACGCCUCCGAUCCUCGUCCAUGGCGGCGCCGCCUCCUAUGUCCUACCUCGUCCUCGCCUUCCGAGGAGAUUGCCGUCGAGAGGUCACCAGCCAGCUUCGGCGGCGGUGAAGCAACGCUUUCAAGGACCGAAUUGCUUGGCAUGGUGAAGAAACACGCACAUGUGGUUGGAUGGACGGUGGUUGAGGCUGAAGAUGAAUGCAUGCGAUGUGAGAAUGGAUGAUAAAUUCGCUUGAUCUUUCCUUCAUGCGUGGUAGGGGUGUCAAAGAGCAGAGAAGAGGACGACCUUGUCUUCUUUGUCCAUAGCAUGAAAACACAUGGUUUGGAAGAUCUACCUCCUUUUUUUUUGUGCGGAGAUUGGCUCCUACGGUAAAUGAGGCUAGGCUAAAUCUUCUUUGCUUCAGCUCAGCUAGUGCAUUGUGAGGUUUUGUUUGUAGUAGAUUCAAGGAAAAUCUAAACAUUAAACAUUCUACCUUCACCUUUUUGUUGUAUCUGUAUGUCUUGUACUGUUGAGCUGAUUCAGUUACAACUUACAACCAUAACAAGGUGUGCUCUUAUUCUCAUCCGAAUUCUUUGUACUGAAUAUUGGAACAUCUGUUAUUUCAUCCAUAAUGUUUCUUGUCUUCAUUUUAUUUAGCCGAUGCAGUAUUUUUAGUUGUUUUCUUUCACUGACACGAUAAAUUCUUGUGUGGAAUAAUUAAAGAGAUAAUUAAAUGCCUACUAUUAUCCAGAAUAACCAAUAACUUUUGCUCUUACUGUUACAACAGACUUGUUUUGAGGGAAAACGUUCAUGUUAUUUCAGUGACCCUUUGUAUAUUGGAAGAUUCAUUUCUGUUCAUAACUUCUGUAGGAGAUGUUAUGCACUUUUCAUAUGUAUAACCAUCUGAACAUUCAGCGGUGCAACUUCUAUAUUUGUGAUUGGCAUGAUGACAACGUUAGACCCCAUUGCAGUUUUAUGCUAUAUUUGUUUAACAUAUUAAAGCAAGUUAGUUUAUAAUUUUGUAUGCAUGAACCAUUAAUAAAUGAAUACACAGUACUGCAAAAUACAUGUCAAGACAAGUGUCAGUGCCAAUAUCCUAACGAUAGUUCUUUAUGUGCCUUAUUUGUAAGAUACUAUUAGGUGGAGAACCUCUGAUAAGAAGAAUAAUUUUCUGUUGAGUUACUGGGCUAAUUAUGUUCCUUUUUUGCAUUACCAGCUUGAAAAGGUAUACUGUCACAGUGCAAUAUGCAGGUACAUUUCUGUAACAUUUUUGCUAAGAGUUUACAAGUUUUUUAUACUCUGAACAAUUGGAUGUAGUUAUGUAUAUGAACAACUAAAAUCCUUUUUUAGUGAUCUAAUGAGGUAAAUCAUCUGUGGUAUUAAUACGGCACUUCUGGCAUGCAUGUUACAACAACAACCAAGCAUUUUGUCCCAAGCAAGUUGGGGUAGGCUAACAGCACUUCUGGCAUGUUAGCCAAUAAAUUCUUUCCAGAUUUCGCUUCUUAGGACUUAGGUUCUUAUCCUUUGUUGAAAUGUGAUACAGUUGGCAUAUGAUGAUUGCUUUAAACACUGUUCUCUUUUCAGACAAGUGGUUGAGAAAAGUGUUGCGCAAGUGCCUAGUGGUACAUUCACAGUUUGUUCAUUAACUGACGGAAUAAUGUAUGACCACAUAAUUAUCUUUUAGCAUGAGUUUGCGCUGGAAUAUUAGGGUGCUCACAAAAAUUUAGUGCCAGUAGUCUUACUGGAAUAUUAGGGUGCUCACAAACCAUUUUUCAUAUCUUUCCCUCAGUAAAUAUCUAUGGCUUGUUAUGUUCUUCUUAUAAUCUAUUUCCACAGCAUUGGGGAUUUUCUUUGAACAGCCAUUGAGCUUGAUGAUAGAAACCAUGAGCUUGACCAACCCGAAAUCGGAAGUCCCUGUCUCCCUGACAAUGACUCCGUACGUUGUCGGACAAUAAGGACUGACUUGUGAACCUGCAAUUUUCAGUGUAGUAGCACCUUACGGCAAUAUAAUAGUUACCAGAUGUUGCCUGCAUACACGGUUAAUAUGCAUUGCCAUUUACAGAGCCAGUCUUCAUUAGUACCUGAACCCACGAUAGUGCUAGCUUCUGUGUCAUGCAUGCGAGAAACAUGGUCUAGUACACUCUUGUGCAGUUGUGCAACAUGAAAAACAUGGUAUCAAAUUAUACACAAAUCGGCAAAUUAAUGCACAUGGUCCUGUUUGUGUGCUAUUGCAAAUUUAUUGAAUCUAGAUGUUCUACGGAGACAUAGUUAUUCAUGAUGUUGCAAUACAAUAAGCAUGUCAAUGUAAAGCUCCGAUCAACAGUACUAAAGUCCAGACAAAGUUAACUGUGCUGGCAUCGACUGUUUAAUAUAAAUCCCCAGCCUUUGUUCAGAUCCCUCCUCAGCUCCCAUCCCCUCAUAUCAGUCACCUCUGCAUGCAUAUAUAGGCUGCUACAGGAUAUCCAAAACAACAUGACCUUGUUGCCGCCUGACCUCAAGCGCCUCAAACCACUAUACUAUCUAGCAGCUGCCAACAAAUUCCUGCUCAUGGCCACAGUCAUGACGCUCGUAGCUGCCAUACUCCUCCUACAAGCUGCACAAAGAAUUGCCAGUGUAGACGAGCUUCUUUCUGGACUCCAUGCUCUCCGGCCCAUGCACCUACUCUUGGGCGCCAUUCUUCUGACCACCACAGCUAUUGUAUACCUCCUGCGACGCCCUAGACCCGUGUAUCUUAUCGACUAUGCUUGCUUCCAACCCAGGGAAAUUUGUCGAAGCCCAAAGGCCCGCGUCCUCGAGCAUGCCCGUCUCUCAUCGUUCUUUUCCGAUUCUACUGCUGACUUCGUAGAACGCUUGCUCGAGCUUUCCGGCAUGGGUGAAGAGACAUGCCUGCCACCUCCGGUUCAGUACAUAGAGCCAGACUGCAGUCUAGACCAAGCCCUCGCUGAGGCGGAGAUGGUCGUCUUCUCGACAGUUGAUGACCUACUGGCCAAGACGUGCAUCAGCCUUGAUGCCAUCGACGUCCUAAUCACCAACUGCAGCCUGUUUUGUCCAGUGCCAUCCAUGGCCGACAAGAUCGUGAACAGGUACAAGCUGCGAGAUGGCAUCCGCGUCAUCAACCUCUCUGGAAUGGGGUGCAGCGCGGCGGUGACCGCGGUGGGGCUUGCGAGGAACAUCCUGCAGGUCCUCCCAUGGGGAUCGCACGCGCUGGUGGUGUCGACGGAGACCAUUGGCUCGAACUUCUACACGGGGAACUGUCGUUCCAUGCAAUUGGCCAACAUCUUGUUCCGCAUGGGUGGCAGCGCCAAGCUGUUAUCAACUUGUGGGCUCAAGGCUCGGUUCUGGCUCGCGCAUGUUGAGCGAACUAUCUUGGCUGCCAAUGACGCUGCUUACCGAUGCGUUCAUGUAGAAGAAGAUGACGAGGGAAACAGGGGGCUCACGCUAUCAAAAGACCUCAUGGCUAUCGCCGGAGAUGCACUCAGAGCCAACAUCGCCGCAGUUGCUCCACGUGUCCUACCGGCCUCAGAGAUGCUCAGGUAUUUCUUGCUCUCUAUGGCAAGGAAGGUGCUCCGUGGGAGGAGGAUCAGGCCGUACAUCCCUGACUUCCGCAUGGCCUUUCAGCACUUCUGCAUCCAUGUCGGUGGACCGGCGGUGAUAAACUCGGUACAGCUCGGUCUCCGACUAUCGGAUGAGGAUGUUGAGCCCUCGCGUAUGACGCUACAUCGGUUUGGGAACCAAUCAAGUCCGUCUGUGUGGUAUGAGUUGGCAUAUAUCGAGGCUAAGGGCCGGAUGAGAAAGGGUGAUAAGGUGUGGAUGAUCGGAUUUGGUGCAGGUUACAAAUGCAACACCGCCGUGUGGGUGUGCACCCGACCAUCCUCCAAUGCCAGUGGGCCAUGGGACAGUUGCAUCCAUCGUUACCCGGUGGCGGUCUCCAAAAAGGGCUAAAUUAGCAAAGCUUUAUACAAUAAUAAAGACAAUAUGUACUAAGUGCAACGCGUGAAACCACUGUUCCAUAGGCUCUGCCUGGAAUGCUGUAUUUGUAGUGGGAGGAGUUGGUAUCUAGUUCAACUCCCCUUAAACUUGAACUAAAUUUGGCAGCUGGGUGCUGUAAAUUUGGCAGAUUGGUGCAGCAGCCAAAUCUGCAUUAAAAA